AAAGAGAACAAUACGACGAAAUGAAGACAAUGGUUACCAACAUACAAAAGCAGAUGGAACGACAGGCGUUAGAGGCAGAACGUCGAGAACAAGCUAGACAAAAGAGAGCAGAAGAAAGACAAAAGAGAGCAGAAGAGAGAGAAAAGCUAGCAGGAAAGAGAGAAAGAGAACAAUACGACGAAAUGAAGACAAUGGUUACCAACAUACAAAAGCAGAUGGAACGACAGGCAUUAGAGGCAGAACUUUGUGAACAAACUAGAGAAAAGGGAGCAGAAGAAAGAGAAAAGCUAGCAGACGAAAGAGAAAAAGAACAAUACGAUGAAAUGAAGACAAUGGUUACCAACAUACAAAAUCAGAUGGAACGGCAAGCAUUAGAGGCAGAACGUUGUGAACAAGCUAGAGAAAAGUUAGCAGAAGAAAGAGAAAAGCUAGCAGAAAAAAGAGAAAGAGAACAAUAUGACGAAAUGAAGACGAUGGUUACCAACAUACAAAAGCAGAUGAAACGUCAGGCAUUAGAGGCAGAAUGCCGUGAACAAUCUAAAGAAAAGCUAGUAGAAGAAAAACAAAAGCUUGCAGAAAACAGAGAAAGAAAGCAGCACAAUGAAAUGAAGACGAUGGUUACCAACAUUCAAAAGCAGAUGGAAUGUCAGAAGUUAGAGGCAGAAUGCCGUGAACAAGCUAGAGAAAAGCUAGCAGAAAAACGAGAAAGAAAACAGUUCGACGAAAUGAAGACAAUGGUUACCAACUUACAAAAGCAGAUGGAACAUCAGGCUUUAGAGGCAGAACGCCGUGAACAAGCCAGAGAAAAGCUAGCAGAAAAAAGCGAAAAGAUAGCGGAAAAAAGAGAAAAAAAAACGAUAUGA